AUGCAACCUUUUGAUGACCAAUCCAUAAACGAGGAGGAGCUGCCACUGGAGCUAAACCCUAAUCUCGUUCCAAACUUGUCCUACUUCUCCACCCCUACCCCUCCUACCUUUUACGCUUCUUCUAGCUUCGACAAUCAUGCCCUCUUCGGUUCGAUCGCCGUCGAGAAUGCAAGUGUUCCUAGUACUGCCGUUGCCACUGCUGCCGCCGCUGCUGCUGCUGCUUGUUCUGGAGACACGAGAAAAGGAACGAGAAAGGGGAGGCAUAGCAAGAUAUGCACGGCGAAGGGGCCGAGGGACCGGAGGAUGAGACUUUCCAUCGACGUGGCGCGGAACUUCUUCCGGCUCCAGGACAUGCUCGGCUUCGACAAGGCCAGCAACACGGUGCAGUGGCUGCUCACCAUGUCCAAGGCCGCCAUUAAAGAACUCGCCUCCGUUUCCUCCUCCAAGAUUUGUACUUUUUUAGGGAACCCCAGCUUCGAGAGCACCGAAUCCUCGACCUUGCGUGGUGACGAAGCCGCCUCAGGAUCUAAGAAGGCAGCAUCGAAGACGAAGGCAAAGAAAGAAGCCGCCAAACCUUCCAAGAAGAUCACGGAACUCCACUCGGCGCAGGCGAAGGAACUCCGGGCCAAGGCACGGGAGAGAGCGAGGGAGAGGACCAGGGAGAAGCAAAGGAUGCUGUCUAAUUCUUCCUUCCCGAUCACCUUGGAUCCCAUGAACCACCACGACAGCUCGUUCCACUUGAAGACUCUACUUGAAUUUGCUAAUAGGCAAGUCGAAGGGGGGGACAUUUGCGCCCUACCGAGCGCGGGUAACAUGCCGGCCGAUACAAUUCCGGUCAUGAGCAAUAGUCAGGCGGCCAUGGCAGAACUGAACAUGGCGAGCUACAUGUUUGAAGAACAGUGGGAGAUGGAAGCCCUUUCCAUGUACUCAAGAUGA